CACAGAUAAAUUUGUCCACAUUAAAUCGCGAUUUUAAAUGAAUCCUCCAUCCUACAAAACAAAAAAUUUUCACUGGCUAACCGUAAUUGAAGAUGCCAUUCUACAUUACCUGCAUUUGGAAUACCAAGUUAAAUGGUCAAUCAAGACUCGGCCGCCUAAUCAGUGAAAAACGGAUCUGUCUGAAUCCAAAUUGGCCCAUAGCUGACGGUUGAAAGAAAACAAAAGGGGAAAAAAAACAGUUCGCUACUCUCAGCCGACUUGGCAGGCAAUUGAAAUCGAGCUUUCUGCCAACUUGGCACUGAAAAAAGUUGAAAAUAGUCCCCUUUUUGAUAUCUAAUAUUAGAUAUCAAAGGAACUAGCUAGACAAUUCGUUGCUCACUUCAGGAAGUAUCCGGUAAAGAUGCAGCCGCAUUCUACAGGGACAUUUGAGGUUCACUUAACCAGCUGUGUUUCACUCUCGUCAGUUUCAUUUAGUCCCUCCUGAAAUAAUAUCAACAAAAAUUGUAGGUUGAGAGACAUUCGACAAUGAAUUUUUCAACAGCAGAAAAGGUCCUCUGUAGCCAAUAGCUCAGAUACGGUUUUAAAAAAGAAAAGAAAAAACAAAAUUAUGCCGACUACUCGGUCACCCCUUUUCUUUUUAGUUGUCUCUAUUUUUAACGUGCCAAUAAUUAAUGGCCUUGUGUCACAAAUUGCCGACAUCCGACUUGAUGAGUGGUGGAUUGAUUCCAGUGUUCCCACUGCAUCAGCCGCUUCGAACGUCAGUGAAAAAUGCCUUCAACAUACGCAACAAUAUCUGACAGCGCUCCGCAAUCGACAAUCGUGGGCAGUAAAGAUGUACGAAUCGUCGGGAAGAUUGGUGGAAGAUCUGAUUCACAUAGAAGGAAGCAGCGACGUUCACCACGAGCCAGGAUUGUUUGAUGGAUGUGUCUCUGUACAACCGGACGGAAUCCCAUUCAAAGGACAAUACUGCACCGUCUUUUUUGGCCUGAAAGAAGAAAAAAGUAUUGGCGACCACCAGACAGACUUCACGACUCCAUCGGACAACGUUGAGGACUUCAAAGAACUCGCACCAAACGAAAGCUUAUCAAACUACCAAACUCCCAGCGUUGGUUUUUGCCUACCGUCAACAUGCAGUGCAAGGGAUUUACGUUCUGCAGUUGCUCAUCGUGUCGGACACCGCACCAUCAAAGAUAAAAAUUUCUCAAUAGUGGCCAAUUCGCACGAAACUUACUGCUACACUCACGAGAAAAUCCACGCUAACGGCGCCACAUUUGAUAACCUUAGCCUCGGCGUAUUAUUAGUAUUUUGUGCUUUGGGCAUUACUGUCAUUGUAGCAACACUGUACGACGUAUGGAUCAUCGACGAUCGGAAGAAUUCGCAAAAACCGUUUGCCCUUCAGAUGCUGCAUUGUUUCUCCGCUAAAAAGAAUUGCACAACGCUAUUUUCGACCGAAGACGACCUAGAAGAUAGUUUAUCAUGUUUGCACGGAGUGCGAAUUUUGACGACGUGUUGGAUUGUAUUAAUCCAUUUUGCUGGAGCGAGCACUUUUCUGCGCCUGAGCUAUAACAAGAAAAUGGUUCUUCAAAAUUCUCUACGAUGGGAAUUUCAGUUUGUCGCUAACGGUUUAUUCGGUGUGGACACUUUCUUUUUACUAAGUGGCCUUUUGGUUUCCUUUACGCAAAUGCGCCAGUUGGAUUUGAACCGUGGGUAUUUUAACCUAAAGAGAUUCUACGUUCGACGGUACAUGAGGUUGACUCCGGUCUACGCCGCUGUACUUGCAUUUUUGGCAACACUUUGGCCUUACAUCGGAACUGGACCCGACUGGCAUUUUGUGCAAAGAAUUAGCAAGAGCGUUCGAGAAAACCUGUGGGCGCAAAUGCUGUACAUCAAUAACUACGUCAAUCCCCAUCGAUUUACCAGCCCAGCUUACGGAUUCGCUGAAUCUUGGUAUCUUGCAUGCGACAUGCAAAUGUUCUGGAUUAGUCCACUAUUUAUUUAUCCGCUUUGGCGUUGGAAGAGGGUCGGAUUGAUUUGGACCGUAUUCUGCUUGCUGCUGUUUUUGGGAAUCUCGGCCAUGACCUUUAUUAUUUACGACCUACCACCAACCAUUAUUUGGCUAAGAUCGUCAGAACUAUCGAGGAUCGAUGUAUACUCGCAAUUGCACUACAUGGAAACAUUCGCCAGGAUUCCACCAUACAUGAUAGGAAUCCUCCUUGGCUGGUUACUCCACAAGACAAAGGAUAGGAGAAUUCACAUCAACAGAAGUCUAAUAGCUACAGGUUGGAUUUUGGCCGCAAUAAUUGGGUCUCUAGUCACUUACGGAAUAUACCCAUAUCUGGAUGAAAAAACGGUGCCAGUCAUCAACCCAUUCGUUCGGGUUUCGUAUGGGGCUCUUCAUCACUCGGCAUGGGCGAUCACCGUUGGUUGGAUCAUAUUUGCCUGUACUCACGGAUAUGGAGGCAUUAUCCAUCGAUUUUUGUCGUGGAAACUUUUUCUCCCGUUUAGUAGGCUGAGCUAUGCUGUCUAUCUGAUUCACUUCAAUUUCAUCAGAGCAUAUGCAUCUCACCUACGCAAACCUUUCUAUUUUACUGAAUUGAUUUUCGGUACAACAUACCUUGGGAUUCUGAUGAUUGCCUUUCUCAUUUCAUUUGUUGUCUCUGUCGUCGUGGAAAUGCCGUUCCUCAAUUUGGACAAGCUCCUUUUUCCAAACAAAUCAAGGGCUCUAGAAAGUAAAAAAUAAGAAUAAGUAAGAACUUGCAAGAUGGAGACAGCAGAAGAAAUGGCAGUGGGAUGAUACAAUAAACAUCAGGAAAGGCUAAACAUGUAGAAUAUUUGGAGCCUUCUUGUUUCAGAAAAACAAUCGAGCUAUUUGGCUAAUAACCAUCAUCUUAAUUAUGAUUGAUUUCUACCUACUACUUUUUAGAUAAAAGUGUGUUUUUAUUUCAGAUGUUUUGCUGGCUAAAUAUGUUUUUUUAUUACAAACAAAUCAUUAAAAAGCAGAA